AUGACCCCACCCAUCGAGGAGCUUUCUACUUCUUCAUCUGAUUCAUCAGACCACCCUACUGGCUACCGCACCGUCCAAUCCCUCCGCAAAAUCCUUGAUGAACAAUCAUCCUCCACCUCCAUCAACUCUCCCCCUCGAAAAGAUCCCAAAAAAAGUCGAUCGCCCAAUUUCAUGCCUGUUACUCCCACCCCCGCCCCGGUUGCUGGCACGUCCACUGCCACUGCCUCUAUAUCCCGUCUCUUCACGAAAGGCAGACAUUCAUCAUCUACGCGACCCCCUUCCCCACCUACACAUUCCUCCCUGAAAGUGCCGUCUGUGCCUCCGACACCUCGUUCAUCGCCAAGUGCAGGCAGCCUCUCAGAAAUGUUUGGAAACGGGGUGGCCAAAGUUCUCGGGAGUGAUUGUCCCUCAGGCGUGUCGACGCCCAAGCGCAUCAGUUUUGCGGAGCUCCCAGAGUCAUAUGCAAGCUCACGUGCAGGGUCUUCGAAAAUCUCGGAGAAGCGGAAGAACCGAAGCAGAAAACGCAAGGGGAAAUAUGAAGAAGAGGGUGAGACACUUGGGUGGUUUGGGAGGUUGUUCACUGUGGGGCCUGUGAGCUCGAGCUCUGCACGGAUCGAUGAUCAUAUGGAGGAACGCAUGUCACGAGGGUGGGGAAGUCGACCUGGUGGUGGGACGUUAGAUGAUUGGGCGGUAUAG